AUGUCUUGGAAAGUGGGCACGACCAAUGUGCGUCUCGAUCGCUUAGCGGGCGAUACUAACCAGGUCCAUUAUGGCGUGGCCGUGGGAAACCGUGCUGGUGAGACAAACCAGGGCGAGGGGACAGUAUCAUUAGGGAAGAAAGCGGGGCAGGUGAGCCAGGGCGUUGGUUCAGUAGCCAUUGGAAGCGAGGCAGGUCAAACAGGACAGGGUGUGACUUCAGUCGCCAUUGGUGUAAGCGCAGGCCAAAUGGACCAGGGUGCCAAUGCAGUGGCUAUCGGCAGAGAUGCAGAGCAAACGCGGCAGAGUAUGUAUUGUGUGGCUAUGGGGACCAAUGCAGCAGUUGAAAACCAGGGUGAAAAUUCGGUGGCCAUAGGUAGAGGUGUAGGCCAAACGGACCAGGGUAGUAAAUCGGUAGCCAUCGGCAGAGAAUCGGGAAAUACAGGUCAGACAACCCAAUCGGUGGCUAUUGGCAUGCAAUCGGGGCAUACAGAUCAGGCUACCCGAUCGGUUGCCGUGGGAUAUUAUGCCGGACGUUUUUAA